AUGAGUUGCACCACAACCACCACCGCAACCACUGCUGCCGCAUGUUGUAGUAGUAGCGGUAACAACCACAACGUUCCAUCUUCUACUAGCAAUGUCUUGAUUCUUUCAGCCAUUCUAUCCAAGCUACCGCUACAACAACUCCUGACAUAUAAUAACCCAGUUAUGAAUGAGCUGUAUCAAACAGUGUGGCAUGCUCCCAAGGUGGUUUCUCGGCUGGCCUCCGAAAUUGUAUCACACCUUGUCCUUGGACAACCAAAACGACCCCAUUGGAAUAUACAGCAAACGGUUGUCAUGUCGUUUCUACAAGUGUUACGAGAUCAUUCGCUUGCCAACAGCCUUGAAUUUUGGCGACUUUUGUUGAUCGCACCUACAUGGCUUACUCCUCUUACAUCAAAGACCCAAGAUGGUUCGUUUCGCGUGAGGCGGAGAUCUUUGUGCGGGAUCCUAAGUGAUCUUGAUGCACAGGAACAAGGUCAUCGUAUCAUGUCCGUUGAAUGGAUGUCAGCUGGAUCUAUAUGGGAUAGGUGCCAAAGCGUCAUUAAUCCAAGUUAUGAUGGGCGAAAAGAAGACAACGAUGAAAAUUCAGUGGAAGAUAAUACUGCAGCAACGAUGAACAACAAUAGCGGUGCUUUGGUACUUCGAACACGCUCACCAGAAAAGAUUGUCUUAUACUUACACGGCGGUGCCUAUUGUGCAAUGAGCGCUCAAACACACCGCACCCUUACACACAAGAUUAGCAAGGCUACUGGUAGACGUGUUUUUGCUGUCAAUUAUCGAUUGGCACCUGAAACAAAGUUCCCAGGAGCUCUCUAUGAUGCAGUGCAAGCUUAUCUUUACUUGAUUGAUGCAGACUACGGUUAUGGCUUGGAACCAAAGAACAUCCUCAUCAUGGGCGAUUCAGCUGGUGGUGGUUUGGCAUUGGCAACCAUGCUUUACUUGCGUGAUUAUGCACUUCCACAACUGGAAGGUGCUGUUUUAUUAUCGCCAUGGGUCGAUUUGUCCUUUUCCUACCCAAGCUGGGAUAAUGCAUCUAUCUACGAUUAUCUACCCAAUAAUCCAGAUCGAUUGGAAGCAAUGAAUCCAGCGCAUUUAUACUUAGGCCGUGAAGAAGCAGCCACCAUGGUCCGUCAUCCCUAUGUUUCACCCAUCUUUGCAGAAAGCUUUGAAGGAUUGCCGCCUUUGCUGAUCCAAUCGGGUGGAUGCGAGUCAUUACGUGAUGAAAUCAAUGAUCUGGUAUCGAAGAUUGGUGCUACCAAAACAACCCUUGUGCAUCAUGAAGAAUAUGAGGACAUGGUGCAUGUUUUUCAAGCAUUCCCUUUUGGUAAAUCAUCCGAAGCCAUUGAAAGCAUAGGAUGGUGGGCUAAAUUUGGUAUGCCCAUGAUUGCACAAUGGCAGGCAAGAGGGCAAUUACCUGGCAUGGUUCAAGAAUAUCGGCAAAAAGAUAACGAUGGCCCGUUUUCUCUAAAGAGUACGCCACGCUCAAGGGGUCGUCGAUUCCAUAGCAUACCUAACUAA